AUGCCAGGAGUUUCGCUUUGGCUGUACAAUACCACUUUCGGUUGGAUAAUUUCCGGUCCUGUACCAACAGAACAAAUUUAUAAUGAAGCUAGGUUCACUUCAUGUUUUAUUACAACUUCGGCUUGGUUAAACGAAUCAAUGCCAAGGCAGUCAAAGGCUGAAGAUGAAGUCCGGUGUGAAAAUCAUUUUAAAAUGACUCAUCAACGUCAAAACGAUGGUCGAUUUAUUGUUUCUUUACCGUUUCGAGAUGAUACUGACCAGCUUGGACGAUCAAUGGAAUUAGCAUUGAAUCGUUUUUUAAGCUUAAAACGCAAGUUUCAACGAUUUCCGGAGUUUCAUAACGAAUAUUGUGCUUUUAUUAAUGAUUAUUUAGCUUUGGGUCAUAUGUCGCCUAUAAUUGAUCCUGUGUUAAACACCGGCGAGUAUUAUUAUCUGCCACAUCAUGCGGUAUUCAAAUCCUCGAGUACGACAACAAAGCUGCGAGUGGUAUUUGAUGCUUCCAUGAAAACGUCAACGAAUCUUUCACUCAAUGAUGUAUUGUUACGCGGACCGGUCAUACAACCAGAUUUAUUUGAUAUAGUGUUACGUUUUCGGUUGCAUGUUGUCGUCAUCACUGCUGAUGUUGCUAAAAUGUAUCGGCAAGUAUUAGUAAAGGAAAGCGAUCGAGAGUAUCAAAGAAUUCUUUGGCGUGACUCUCCAGAUAAGCCUAUGGGACAUUUUAGACUCAACACUGUUACGUAUGGUACAGUACCCGCUUCUUUUUUAGCUACACGGGUUCUUAAGGAACUUGCAAUUGCAAAUGUAUCACAGGAUCCUAAAGCAAGUAAUUCUAUUAUGAAAGAUUUUUAUAUGGAUGACUAUAUUAGUGGAGCUAAUGAUGUUAAGGAAGCUUAG